CCGCCCUCCCAUAUCCCCCACCACCACCACCACCGGCAAAUCUUCCUCCUCAGCCUCUUACCGUGCCCGCCAUGCUCUUCAAGUCCUGCACAACCCUGUGUCUGGCCCUGACCUUUGCCAGCAGCACCUUUGCUCGCGGCACCAAGUUCUCCCAGUACACCAAGUACCUCGAUGCCCGCAUCGGCUCCAUCACCGAGCAGCUGAACACCGAUGCCUCGGGUGCCUACCAGGCUCACGUCGACCAGUCCAACGACUCGACCUUCCAGGGCCUCGUCCAGAAGGUCAAGGACCACGUCGACUCCGAGAACCACCUCGUUGAUGACGAGAUGGACCUCUACUCCGAUGAGAGCAUCUCGAGCCUCAUCGGCACCGUCUUUGGCGACAGUGUCACCGCCGAUGGCACCGAUACUCAGCGCGAGGCUGUCCUCUCUGCUGUCCUCCCCUCCUCCUUCGACGCCCGCACCAAGGGCUGGGUUGGCGCCAUCAAGAACCAGGGCCAGUGCGGCAGCUGUGUCGCCUUCUCCACCGCCGAGAUUGUUGAGGUUGCUCUUGCCACCAAGGGCGAGACCGUCUCCGUCUCCGAGGCCGACCUCUUCUUCUGCCUUGGCGCCGCCGACCAGGCUUCGUGCUCCACCGGCUGGUACCCCAGCCACGCCGUCGCCGAUGUCUCUUCUCAGGGCUGGGUCGACGACUCGUGCUUCCCCUACGGCGCCGCCCUCUCUGGCCAGGAUCUGCCCUGCAAGAAGGGCUGCUCGCGCCACACUGGUCUCCAGGAGGCCAACUUUGCCUCGAUCAACGACAUCAAGCAGCACGUCGCUGUCUACGGCUCGGCCAUCACUGCCUUCACCGUCUACGAUGACUUCCCCCACUGCUGCACCAACAACGCCGUCUACCACAAGACCUCCAGCAAGCAGCUCGGUGGCCACGCCGUCUCCAUCAUCGGCUGGGACGACAGCAAGAAGGCUUGGCUCUGCCGCAACCACUGGACCGCCACCUGGGGUACCAACGGCUUCUUCUGGAUCGGCUAUGGUGAGGCCGGCAUCAACUCGCUCAGCGAGACCCUCGGUGUCAUUCCUCCCUCCGGCCCUGCCCCUCCCCCGCCCGCCACCACCACCGUCCCUGUCACCCACACCAAGAAGACCAAGACCACCAAGACCAAGACCACCAAGACCAAGAAGCCUAAGACCAAGAAGCCCAAGACCCAGUAAAGAGGUCCUUGCUGCUGGCAUUCACCGGAUCCAUCCAUCCAACACGCCCUUCCCACACCCCCUUCCCACUCACGAGAAACACACCUCCCCGCAUUGCUCAGACAAUAAUGCAGUAGAGAUGGUGUAAUUUCCACUGUCUAUGGCUCCUUCCGUUCCUUCUCUCCCUCUGCUGUGCAAUCGGAGCUGGAAGCAAUGAAUGUUUGCCCACCGUCUCAAAUAAAUCCCC